CAGAGGGAGCUGGAGAGGAGUGUGUCGGUGCGGAGUCGGAUUCCUCCCCUGGAGGUGCACUGAUGUUUGCCCUUCUUGGUAAAGACCUAGUCUGUCUGAGGCUGGCAGAGGAACCGGCGUCAGCUGCAAGACCCCAGUAAGAGAAUGAGUGAGAGAGACAUACGCAGCUUGAGCAGAUGGGGAUUUGUGCUCACUCUCUGCCUUAUCACGCUAUGGGGAAGACUGACGCUGGCCUCCUCCCACCACAGAAGCCAUUCAGUGCGCGUGGAGCCUGGCACGUGCGAAGUCAUCGCCGCCCACCGCUGCUGCAAUAAGAACAAGAUCGAGGAGCGCUCCCAGACGGUGAAAUGCUCCUGCUUCCCCGGGCAGGUGGCGGGGACGACCCGCGCAGCUCCCUCCUGCGUGGACGCCUCCAUCGUCCUUCAGAAGUGGUGGUGCCAAAUGGAGCCGUGUCUAGAAGGGGAAGAGUGUAAGGUGCUGCCGGACUUGUCAGGAUGGAGCUGCAGCAGUGGCAACAAAGUGAAAACCACCAAGGUCACUCGAUAGUUUCCGUGGAAGUCCUUCCGGAGGGUUGCCCCGAUGUGCUACAGCAUCGCUUUUGCCUGGCCGCAGGAUGCUCCGGUCGUGUCCUGCAGAGCCGCGAGCAGCUGGAGGGUCCCCGUGGCAGAAGGACUGCAACAGCACGAGGCCGGGAUGGCGGCGCCUCGUGAGCACCCAGUUGUUCUCGGUCCCCUGCGUCGGGCAGGGGCUCUGCGCUCACCCUCCGCUGGAGCAGCAUCCGGGAUUACAGACAAAGGGCACCGAUGCAGCCACCCAGCCUGGGAUCUGCGGAAACCUCCCUUGUUGUUGUGGGUCCAAACCCUGCCAGCCCCUGGCAUAACGCGCCCGCGGAGGGGCUGCUGCAGACGCGACGGUGAUGGGCUCUGAAUGCGGUCGCCAGCCUCCCUCUGCUCCACGUUCCCCCUCAGCCUCACGGACGCGCACCAGGAAAUUUGCAUUGGUUCCCAUGCCGGUCAAUCAAGCCCUCGAGCCACAUAGACUCCAUUGACACUUACAGAGUGAGCGGGGGUGGAAAUAGCUUCGUUCUUUCUGCUGAAAAUUGCAGUGGCUCAAAUAAUGGCUGUGAGAAGCAUCUCUCCCCCUGGUCUCCAAGAGGGGUCGUUGCCAGGAGUUUAGGAUGCUGCACCUGGGUACCGUUCUCCCCAGUUCGGUCUCCUGGCUCGGAGGAUGUGGACGGGACUGGUAAGAGAUCUGCAGGCUCCCAGCUGAGGCAGGGGUAACCCCACUCAAGUCAAUGGGAUCGCGCUGUCUUUGCCCCCGGGGGCCGGAGAUUAACAUCCAGCCUAGCGUGUAGCGAAGACCGCGGCCCAGACUGAGCCCCUGAUGGAGACACCCGGGAGGUACAAUGCCUGCCCUGAGCAUCCCGCCAUUUCGGAAGCAAAGACCGGCUGGUUUCCCCUUGCUCGGGGAGGGCAUGAAUCAGGCUGCUCGUUUCCAAGCUGCUCUCUGCAGUCCACAUCACAGGAGCUGGAUUAGCACUAGUCUUCGCAGGAGAAGUUCGGGGAAGGGAAUCUCCUCUUCCCAUUCGGCCUUUCGUG